AUGUGUGUAGUGAAAACCACGUUAAUUGACUCAUACGCUGCACAAUGUUGGAAGUGUCUUAAAGUGAGAUCUAUAGAGUCACAAGAAGAUUAUGAAGAGAUUCGUAGUAAAACACUGGAAAAGUUUUUUGAAUGCAAGAGAUGUGAAGAACCUGGAGAUAUGGUAAUGAACUUUGAUUCCCUUACUAUGCGUUGGUUUCAGGAUGAACAUAGUAUACCCAAAACCCCUCAAGGUUUGAAGAGAGUUUUGGUCGUGAGAACAAACUGCGUGAAAGUCGAUGUUUACUAUGAAUCAUUGGCUCCUAGACGAAAGAGGUUUAAAUCUAUAAAGGAAGUUGCAACGUUUAUUGAAGACAAGGAAGAAUUUAAAGACAUGACGCUUGAAGAGGUUUCUUUUGCCGCACCCAAACGGCUGAAACUAAAAAAGAAACCUGUCGAUAGUCAUUCUAGCUCAAGGAACACUGAGGAAGAUGGUGUCUCGAGAGAUGCUUAG